AUGUUUAGACAAUGUGCUAAGAGAUACGCUUCUACUUUACCCCCAAAUGCUUUGAAGCCAGCGUUUGGCCCACCAGAUAAAGUGGCGGCUCAAAAAUUUAAAGAAUCAUUGAUGGCUACCGAAAAGCAUGCUAAUGACACAUCGAACUUGUGGGUCAAGAUUUCUGUUUGGGUUGCACUACCAGCCAUCGCCUUGACUGCUGUGAACACAUAUUUCGUUGAAAAGGAACAUGCAGAACAUCGUGAACAUUUAAAGCAUGUUCCUGACUCUGAAUGGCCAAGAGACUACGAAUUUAUGAACAUCAGAUCCAAACCUUUCUUCUGGGGUGAUGGUGACAAGACCAUGUUUUGGAACCCUGUCAUUAACAGGCACAUCGAACAUGAUGAUUAA